GCGUGUGGGCCGUGUGGCUCUACAGUUGUCCCUGAGACAGACCAGGACCCCCCAUACGGCCCCGCUGCUAGCCACUCGUCUAGCCUGAGUAGCAUAGCACUCCCCCAUCCCUCCCUCCCUCCCCUCCUAGACAGCGUGUGUCAGUCGGGCGUGUCCUCUCUCUCCUCCAAUCAGCAGACAGCAGCUGACAGGCCCAGCCAAUCAGAAGCAGCCAUGUCGGGGUUCAAUCUGCUGCACCUGAUCACCAAUGCCAAGCCUGCUGCUCUGAAGCCAUGUGGGCUCCCUUCAGGAACAUGCCGUACCAAGAAGACAUGGCCCAAGUCCUUCUCUCAGGAGGAGCUGAAGAAACGUCUCUCCCCCAUGCAGUUCCAUGUCACCCAGGAGAGAGGAACAGAGAGUGCCUUCAGAGGGGAAUACACCGACUAUAAAGAGGAUGGUAUCUUCACCUGUGUUGUCUGCGGCGCCCCGCUGUUCAAGUCAGAGACGAAGUUUGACUCUGGUUCAGGUUGGCCGUCCUUCUAUGACCUGGUGAAGGAGGAGUCGGUCACCGUAACGGAUGAUUUCUCCUACGGGAUGCACAGAGUUGAGACCAACUGUAGUCAGUGUGGUUCUCACCUAGGACACCUGUUUGAUGACGGCCCCAGACCCACAGGGAAACGAUACUGCAUCAACUCUGCCUCUCUGGGCUUCCAGUCUGCCUCUGCCUCAGCCUCCAGCCCACCCAGCAACGGGGAGGGGGAAGGGGCCGGAGCUGGGGCUGGGCCAGGUGGAGCGGUCGGGGGCAAGACUGAGCUCUGAGUAGGGUCUCCUUGGUCUUGGACAAGAACUACAGGAACUACAGCCAUGGUCUCUCGCUCCUUAUCCAAACUGGUAGUCUAGGUCCUGGUCCAAACGUUACAAACGGAACAGAACCGAUAGAGAAUAUAGGUAACACAGAUCCAAAUACAGUCAGCUCCAUAAGGUGCCAUCCAGCACCCCCUUUAGAAACUUCUGGAACAUGAUGCCUCUCUUGUGUAUAGCCAUGUAGGUUACACACACCCAAAUACAGUCGGUCCAAAACAGUCGGUCAAAUACAGUCCGACAAGCUGGCCAACCACUGGCUGCCUGCCCUUAAAACAGUCCCUGGCCUCUAUUGUACUACAUAACUGUUUGAGGAGGCACAUAUUGGAUGCGGUGUCACGUUGCUCACAUUGCUUUUGACCAUUACUGGUUUUGAUCGUAUUUUAAGCAUAUCAACUUUUUAUAUUUUUCUUUAGAAUAAAGUAUUUUGCUUUGGAAAAAGUGAAUGAAUUAUAUAUUAUUCAUAUGAGUGUGUGGACUUCGACUUUGAAGAACAAUGUUUUUGUUUUGUUUUUUUUGAAGUGAUAUUUGAUACCGAGGGGUUUGAUAGUUUAAGGACAACGCUUCUGUGAGCUGUAAAAUAAACACCAAGCGGAGAACUAAGCAUUCUUUCCAAAAAGAAACACACACACACACACACACAUAUACACACACACGCAUAUACACACACACACGCAUACACACACACACACAUACACACACACACAUACACCAAUAACACAGACCAGAUGACUUCUGUUUAGUAUGAAUACAACUCUGGCCUGUCUUUUAAAGGGUUCAUCUGCUGCCCCUGAAUAUGUUUUUCUGGCGUUUUGAUUCCCAGACUUGUAUUGACAGAAAGUUGUAUUAAAAUAAAACUUGACACAGCAA